AUGAUCACACUCAUCACCACUGUUUGCCUAUUUACUACAGUGAAAACUGGAAUCUCUGGGCUUCAAGUUCAAACUGUGAGGAGAGGAAAUAACGAGGUCAUAAAAUGUGAUGAAAACAUUGUUAAAGACAAGGAAACUCAUUUAUUAGCUUGGUAUAAACAGAGUUUCGGAAAUGUGCCACAGCCUGUAUUGAGACAGUUUGGAGACGGAGAGAAGCUCAGAUAUCAAUCAGGUUUUAAGGACGGACGCUUCACUGUGGAUGAAGAAACAUUUGAUCUCAGUAUUAAAGGAAUAAAACAAGAGGAUGCUGGAACAUAUUUCUGUGGAAAAGUAAAGCCGAAUGCCGUAGAGUUUGGAUCUGGGACUCGCUUGUUUUUUCAAGCUGAGGAGAUCCACCAUCCUCCAACUGAAAUGGUGAUCAAGACUGGAGAGUCUGUUACUCUCCAGUGUUCAGUAGAGUCUCUCACUCCAGACUGUUCAGGAGAUCACAGUGUGUACUGGUUCAGACAUGGAUCAGGAGAAUCCCAUCCAGGAAUCAUUUACACUCAUGGAAACAGGAGUGAUGAGUGUGAGAAAAGCUCUGAGACUGAUUCUCCUCCACAGAGCUGUGUCUACAAACUACCCAAGAGAAACCUCAGCCUCUCUGAUGCUGGAACUUACUACUGUGCUGUGGCUGCAUGUGGACAGAUACUGUUUGGAAAUCAAACUAAAGUUACUGUACAAGAAAACAAGAGUGGGAUUGUGAUCACUUUGAUAACAUUGAAUGUAAUAUCUGUUAUUGUGAUCAUGGUUCUGGUAGGAGUUUUACUGAAGAAGCAACGGAAAGGUGCUUCCAACAACCAUCCAAGCCACAUUGAUCAGGCUGAAGACUCAGAGGUUUUAAACUAUGCUGCCCUGAAAUUUGCUAAGAAACCUCCCACCUCCAGACCACCCAGAGUCAAGGAAAAUCCCAUCCUGUAUUCACAAGUCAAACACAGGUGA